UAUCUACAUUCAGUGGGAUAUUAUACGAAGAUAACGAGUAAAUUAUACACUUUGUGACCACAUCGAACUCAGUUAUAUUUAAGCGUCGUUAGAUAAUAGUCGUGACAAAGUUGUUCUAACUAUUCCUUGGCACAAUAGAAAAUUGGGUACAGGCAGAUGCAAUAAUAAACAUACAUAUCAGUCGACAAUUGUGCGUAGAGUGUGACUGUCACAAAGACGACACCCGGGCUGCACGAUGAAGCUCUCCUCGACAUUGGCAAUUUUCCUCGCGGUUUUUUUCGGCUGUCAUUCAAGUCUCUCCGCAAAAGUCGAGGAAUCAUUCCCAAGAGUUGUUACACCGCUUGGAACGAUAGAAGGGUAUUACAAAGUAUCGAGUAACGGUAGUCGUCUAGAAGCCUACGAAGGUAUACCUUACGCCAAACCACCGAUCGGCGAGUCGCGAUUUCGGGUUGCUAGCCGUCUCUCGCCAUGGACCGGCGUUUUGAAGGCGAAACGGUUUGGGCUGCCUUGUUUGCAGUACAAUCACUUUCCGAUGGAUCCUGCCAACAAGGUCGAAGGCUCCGAGGAUUGCCUUUACAUGAAUGUUUACGCGGCGGAUCGAUCUGAUCGCCACUUCAGGAGAGCUGCAGAAUCAGCCAAUUUACUACCGGUUAUUGUCUACAUUCAUGGAGGCGCGUUUCAAUUCGGGAGUGCGAUGACUUACGGGCCAAACUACUUGCUCAACAGAGACAUUGUUCUUGUCACGUUUAAUUACAGGCUUGGACCACUGGGUUUUCUGAGUACGGAGGACGCGACAGUCCCCGGGAACAUGGGUCUCAAGGAUCAAGUGAUUGCCUUGCGUUGGGUUGCGGACAACGUUCAGUCCUUCGGCGGGGAUCCGGCAAGGAUUACCAUCGUAGGGCAUAGUGCUGGGGGGGCUAGUGUACACUAUCAUUACUUGACGAAUCUCACCUCAGGCUUGUUCAAAGGCGGAAUUUCGCUGAGCGGCACAGCGUUGGAUUGCUGGACGCAGACGGAAGGAGCUCUGGUUAAGGCGAAAAAACUGGCAUCUAUCGUAGGGUGUCCGUCAAGAGAUGUCCAAGACAUGGUGGAUUGUUUGAGAAGUCGCCCCGGAUAUCAGAUCGUGCAAGCCGUUGGAGAGUUUAUGCCGUGGCUCUACAACCCUUAUUCUCCCUUUGGACCAGUGGUCGAGAAAGGCGGCAGCGAGUUUACGUUCAUCGAUAAGUCUCCCAUUGAAAUAAUAAAUUCUGGUCAAGUGCAGGACGUUCCAUGGAUCACGGGUAUCACAAGCGAGGAAGGCCUCUAUCCAGCUGCUGAUUUUGUGGCCAGCGAGAAGCUUCUCAGAGACCUGAAUAAUGAUUGGGAAUCGAUCGCGCCGCACCUACUCGAUUUCAAUUACACCGUACCGAAAAGCGAACACUCCAAUGUUGCAAGAUUGAUAAAGCAACACUACUUGGGAACAAGACCAAUCGAGAAAUCCACCGUCAAGGAAAUCGUGCAAAUGAUUGGUGAUCGUCUAUUUGUCUACGAUGGUAUCGAGGCUGCGAGACUUCAAGCUCGGGUCAAUCAAAGUCCCGUGCGAUUUUAUUAUUUCACAUAUAGAGGGGCCCACAGUCUGAGCGAAGCAAUGAGCGGCAGUACGGAUGAUUUUGGUGUCAGUCACGCGGAUGACGUUGCGUAUGUUUUGGAUGCCUCAUCGGCAUUGUUUAAUUCAUCGACAACGCCGCAAGACCGAGACAUGCAAAAGGAGUUGAUUAAUAUCUGGGUGUCGUAUGCAACAGAAGGCGUUCCAAAUAUCGGUAUUGAAUGGCCUGAGGUAAGCAGAUCCACGGAUAAAUUUUCCUAUCUGCACAUCGGAGGGCCGAAAGAAAUUGCUGUAAGGGAUGGGCCCAGCUUUGGAGAGGAGAGAUUUUGGCAUGGUAUCGAUUUACGCGAAAAUAUUAUGGAAUCGAAGAACUACGGCAAGGCCAGGAGAACUGAGUUGUAAUACAACGUUCGUCGGUUCCACUCGAUUGCAUGUCUAAUUUGAUCUGGAAAUUACCGUUAAUUAUAUUCGCAGAACAACUAUGUAGGUCAUACGUAUUGGCGCACCGCAUUUAUACACAAGUUUGACACGAUAUACUUGCUACAAUAAAAAAUUAACGUAGCAACGUAUGAUUAUAAGAUGUUUAAGUAAAUCGUUACACCUUAAGAGU